UCGACAGACAGUCCUUCUGCCACUCAACGCCCGUUCAGACGCACUUGAGUAGUUUAGCGUUCAGUAGUUUCAUAGUAUAUUUGCCAGCACAGUAGAAAGUACUUGAAGCUUCCGCAAAAAUAGUAUUUUACACAGAUCCACCUGUUUGUGCAGCUCGAACGUGCCAAAAAUCCAGUUCAUUACGCCGUCACGCCCACCCGUUAGAACGGGCAGUUAGCCACCACCUACGCGAGAUCACAUCAUCAUCACACCGCACACAUCGAAGCGUUGGCGCGUGGUCAAUAACCUGAGCCGUUUUUCCCACGCGGUUCACCGGACGGAAGACGAGUAGAGACCUACAUCGACUACGACAACAACAAAAACAACGACGACGACGGCAUAACAAUAAUUGCUGUUGCGCAAUUGCCGCGAUAUCCGUCUCGUUUCGCGAUACAGAUAAGUACACAUCGUCUCCACAGCCACACGGACCGGUCCGAAUAACGAAUUUUCCGGAAAAUUCUCUGCGCGACAUUGCUAUACUGAGCUUAAUCUUGCCGCGGUACGGCGAUUAGCUAUCGCGUGCAUUUCUGUGCUUAUUGCUGAACGAGAUCGGCGAGCCAUUGAUACACCGCUGUUUCGAUCGGGCACUUAGACCCCGGGAAUUCGUGGACCGCUUGAUAUAGGUAGUGCCUGUCGCCGGGGCAUAAGCCGUACGUGACCGCUUCUAAUCGAUACAGCGUGGGAUUCCGCGACGCGGUCGCCGUUUUCUCUUUCGCCCGCGCCGAAUCGGGUAACUGCGGCACCACCCCGCGAUCGACCGGUUGAGCAACAGUCGUCCCGCCCACACCACCCGUGAUUACGCAACGCCGCGACGUUGAACCCCCCCUCACUAUCACCGCUGUAUCCCACUGCGUAUCCUACUCAGCUCUGAUCCGAACAUGUGCAUACCCACCAAAACCAGUGGCGCGCCAGCCGUCCCGCCCGCAGAAUACUUCAGAGCGACGCAAGCCGUACAACGUCAUCCGCCGCUAGGACGUAACCGCGAGGAACGCUUGCAACAGCGACGCUUAGAGGAUCCGUCACUGACUUCGACAUCGACAUCGACAUCGGAAGCCGACAACGACGACGGCGACUACGACGACGAAGACAACGCCAAGUUCGAAGACGCGACCGAACGUGCACUGCAGACCACCGCGUACUGCACUUGCCAAGAGUUUCAUUCGGCCCGGGCGUUGGAAAGAGAGCGCGAGACCGCCACCGCCAAAGAUAUGGUGAUAAUCUUCCGCGUGUUGGUCGCGCUGGCCGUCGUCAUCCUGGCCACCAAGCUCAUCUCGGACAUGGUGUUCUCGACCGGCGCGUCCGCUUUCGAGGUGGACGUACACGACCAUGCGCAGUUCAAGUGCAACGUCAAAAGACAGUUGCCACCGAUCGAGCAGGGCGACACCGUGAUCGACAGCAUAUUUCAGAUUCCCAUCAACACGCUUAGCGCCGUCGGGACGUUAAUUAAGAACGUCCGGCCUCUGGUGCGCAGGACCCGCGAACGUUUCCAGCAGUAUUACGGCACGGCCCCGCGACAACACAGGAGCGUUCAGCAGAACAACUACAGGACCGUUCAGCAGAACAAUUACAGCGACGGUCCAGAGUACUAUCCAAUUGGCCAGUAUUCACCCCAAGUACAACAAAAUCCGGGAAAAUAUCGUACAGUAUAUUAUAUGACAGCGCCAACAAAGCCGACCAUUAGGGCCACAGAGUUCGGAAAAGAACCGUUUAAAUUCGAAUAAAAAAACUUACUUUUUCUAAUAUUUCCUACGAUUCGAAUACUACGAAAAAUCUUAUUGCGAAUCGAUUUUUAGAAACGAUAGUCUUCGAUAUUUUUUUCGCACAAAUCACUGAUUUAAUUAUAAUGCAGAUAUUACGUACACUUUGUUUUCCUCCUUCUGAAAAAUGCAAAUACGACAUUUUAUGGUAGCUAAACCUCAACUUAAUUGCAUGUUGUAAUGUGUCACGAUAAGUAUAAUAUAUGCAAUAUUAUAUCGUUUACGUAAAAUCACAUUAAGUACCUAUUUAAUAAGUUUGUUUUUGUUUAUUUUUUUUUUUUAACAAUCUUCUAAGACGAUAUUGAUAAGUUAAUUAUACUUUAGACAGGUUACGAAUUGUUACUCCGUUUCUAAAUGAUCUACUGAUUUACUAGUUACUAGUAACUUCGUUCUACGUAACUUACUAGUUAUCUUCGUAUACACACACAAAAAAAAAAAUAGAUCGUCUAUAAGAACAAUAUAAAUUUUAUUUUCUCCUCCCUGUGUAAUUUACAAAAUUAUCAUAAUUCGUAAAUUUAAUACCCCAAGUUAUAUACAAUUAAACGCGUUUAUAUUUAUUGAUAAUUAGUCAGGUAUUACUCAUAUAUCUGAAGUUAAUAAUAUAAUACAAUAAUUAAUAAAACGAACACAAUAGUGUAUUAUUAUGUAAUAGUAUUUCUACAUAUUCGAGUUUAGUAUAUUUGCAGUAUAAUUUCACUGAUAAAAUAUCAACAAAAUAAAAUAAUUAAUUUUAAAAAACAGUCACACUAUUCAAUCAUUAUAAUCUUAAAAUGAUACAAUUUUGAUCAGUGGUUAAAUUUUCUCAAAAAUAAAUACCUAUUACCUAUUCAAAAAAAUAUAAAUUUUGUUUUCUCUUGCCAUUGAAAUUUACAAAAAUUAGCUAUGUUCAUCAAUUUAACAGUUCUGGAUGUAGUUCGUACAGUUCGUAUAGUAUUUAAUAUUAACUAUUCAUAAAUCAUAAGUAGGCCUGAGGACUAAAGUAAAAAAAAAAAAAAUAAUAUUAGUUUUGGAAAUCAAAGUUACAUUUAAAAAAAAUGAUUUGUACUUAAAUAAUUAAAUAUUUAAAAAUAUGCAAAAUAAAAAAUCCAACUAAGUCUUUACACAUUACAAAACGUCAGCAAUUUCUAAUUAAAGUUAUUCUCGGUGAAUUUUAAAAGAAUAUAAAUUCGCAUAAAAAUCUGGACUCUAAAUUAUAAAUUAUAAUUCCAUGAUUAUUUAUAUCUAGUACUCGUAUUUUACAACAAUUAAAACACAUUAAAUAACAAAAAAAAUAAAAAAUAAAUACCAUAUUUAAUAAUAAUAAAAACAUGACUAAAAAUAAACUUAAAUUAUAAAAUGAAAUGAGCACUAUUUAUAUCUAUUAUCAAAAUUUUCUAAAUAUAUACCUAUAUGCUCUUAAUAAUUAUUUAACAUACUCAAAAAUGCAUUUAUAUGCAAGAAAAUAUGCAAAAUAAAAUUUUAAACACAACCUCUGUGUACUAUGAAACAAAUACAUCACUCAAGUAUGAACAAUUAUGAAAAAUCUAUUGAAGUCCUCAGCUCUACUCAUAAGUCAUAAGUUUAUAACAUAAUACAAUUAAUUGAUUAAUUUAAGUAAUAUAUAACUAAAUCUAGUCGUUCGUUUACAAUAGCAUAAUGUAGUUAGAAAAAAUAGGCGUGCGUGGACUUUUAGUUCAAGGGGUGUCCAUUGUAAACGUUCAAAAUAUUUUUUGUUUUAUAUAUUGUAAUAAUGCCACAAAUGACAAACGAAAUCCAAUAGAAAUAAAACUUCUGAAUUCAUAAAUUAUUUCAUUAAAAUUUAAAUAACAUUCUAGUUCUUAUUCUAUAAAGUAUCUAACCCAUCUUGACUACUAGUACAUAGUUGGUUUUCUUAUUUUAAUAUGUUCGAUUCGGACAAUACCUUUUCAACCUAACUUGUGACUGGUACUACGUGAAACAUUUUCAAUGUUAGAUAUGUUAUGAUAUGUACUUACGUACUAAUAUGUAAGUAUUGUUAAACAUGUCUAACCUUCCAUGUUCACUUAAACAGUCUAACAACUCAUACAUAGAUUCGCUGAAUGUACGAUUUGAUACAUUAAGAAUAUUUAUUUCGGCCUUUCAGCCUUGAUUUCGCUAUUUAAUAUGAUGAAUAAUUUAGAAAAAAUAUUUUGAGAACAAUAAUUUAAUUUUAAUAUCAAUAAACUUCUUACAUCAUUGAUUAACAAUAAACUAUCUUGCUUGGGCACGAUUGGGACUUUUAAAAAUGUUAAUAUAGUAUAAAUUAUCAUGAUAAAUAUUAAAUACAAUAAUUUUGGCUUUUGAUGAAUGGUCAACAAUACUCGGGCACCCUCGGCAUCCCUAUGCACACGCCUAUUAUAAUAUAAGGUUUUAUAAUAAUUAAAUAUUAAUGAAUAAAAAGAAAUCUUAAAUGAUUGGUCGCAAAUGCAAACAUAAUAAUAUAAGGUAUAUAAGGUGUUAAAUGUGGCUUCGGAUGGAUGAUCGAGGGUGCUUAGGCACCCUCGACACCCCUAUGCACACACCUAUUAUAAAUUAUAAUAAUAUAAGGUGUUAUAAAAAUUAAGUAUUAGUCAAUAAAAAAUACUACUUAAACGAUUGGUCGCAAACAAAAUCUUCCAAUAAAACAUAAAUAAACACUAUUUACCUAGUUGGAAAAAAAUACAUUUUUAUCAUAUAAACCUAUGGUUUCAUCAAUUUCUAAUUGCUAAUAUUACAAAUAUUAAGUAACCAUUAAAUGCAGAAGCAUAAAAAAUGAAGUUAUUACAUACUUAUUAAUAAAAAAAAAAAAAAAAAAAUACAAUUUAAAAUUAAUAAAUAUAACUAUAGUUAAACAUAAUAUUAUAUAAUAAUAUAUUUAAAAAUUAUAAAAUUAAAUAUGCAUGUUACUUCUUAAAUAUUAUAUUAGCCAUUUGAUAUUAAUCGUUACAUCUAAAAAAUUUAAUUUAAUUAAAAACUGUUAUUUACUUAGAUAAUUCCAAUUGUCCAACAGUACAAUUGUUUAGUUCAUAACAAUAUAAACUAUAGGAUACAUUUUUUUCAGUUUCCUUUACUUAAUAUUAUAUUAAUAUUUAUAAAUUGUUAAAAUAUUAUCCAUUCUAUACAUUUUAUUCGAUGUUUUUAAAUAUAUUUAAAUAUUAUGACAUUAUAUUGUUCAUAUAUAAGAAAAUAUUAAGCAUAUAAUAGCAACAAAACCAUGAUCUACAAAAUUAUGGUGUUUAUCAUUUCAUCCGAAAAAGUUAGGUUUUCAUUUCAGCCAUGAUUAUCGACAUAAUUUUAAUUUAAUCGAAAUACCAAAAGAACUAUGCAUUUAUCGCAACGACCAAGAAAAUACAUUUUGACAUUUAUCGUUUUGGCCAAGAUAAAAAUUUAACCAAUAUCAUAAUCCAUUAAGUAUUACACCAAUAUAACAAUACAAAAUCCAUUUCACAUUAAUACAUUAUCUAUAUAAACCUAGGUAUACAAUUAUCAAUUUCAUAUUUAAUUUAUAUCACAAUCAUACAAUUGAAUAAAUGACUAAACGAAUAAAAAUAUAUCGACAAUUAAAUAUUAAGAUUGCCAUCAUAAAGAAUAAAAAUGUAAUAAUUAGCAAAUUUUCUAUGUAACUUAAUAAAUAAAUAAGUACUCAUAUGAAUAUGUUCCAUUUACAAUUUUACAGUAAAUUUAAUAUAAUAUAAAUAGAUAUUACCUAGACCAUGGGUGUCAAACCUUAUUUGAGUCAAGUACCAAAUUUUUCUAAUCAAUAUUUAAAAAAAAAAUUCAUCAAUCAAUAUUAAUAAAAAAAUAGUUGAAAACGUAAUAUCAGGCAGCUCCAAACAUAAAGGUCGUAAGCGUUAAUUGUAAAUAUGUUCAGAAAAUAACAAAUUUUGUAAAAAAAAUUGUAUAAUUCAUUCAGUUUUUACUAUCAAAUUUUCAUUUUAUGAACUCACGUUCAGUAAAUAAAAUAUUUAAUGGAACAUAAUAUUAAUAAUAUUCACAAUUAUAAAAUAUCAAUUACUAUAAAGAUAAAAAUUAAUGAGAAAUUAUCAAUUAAAACAAAACAUUGGUCACUCACUCUGUAAAACAAAACUUAACUGUGAAUUUCUUUUUAAUUCUAGUUGUCAUUAUUAAACUUACAAUAAAAUAAAAGUAAAUGAAGUUAUUAAAAUAAAAUAAAAACAUGAAAACAUUGGCUUCAAUUAUAAUGAAAAAUAAUACAUUUUAUAAAAACAAAAAAAUGUUUUAAAUAGCAUUACAGCACUAGCACUUACAGCAUAAAUUAAAAAAAUAUAUAUAUGACGAUCAGUAUACCAUAUAAAAGCACACCUGCUAAUCAUUUUCUUACAUAAAAUUAAAAAAAAAAAAAAUUAAAUCUAUAAUAUAAAAUCGUACAGUUGACAAUAAACUAAACAAACUAAUAACAUUCAAUUUUAAAUUUAAAAAAAAAAACACAAGUCAAUAAGAAAAUAAUUUUAAGAUCAAAAUAAACAAAACAAAUUAUAUAUUAUAUCUUUAUUUUUGGCUGAAAUGAAAAAUAUGCUUAUUUAUUUUAAAUAAUAAUUUAGCUUAUUAAAAAUAAAACGUUAUUGAGUGUUUUUAUUAUAUUUGUAUGUGUGUGUGUGUAACUAUAAUCUAAAUUCUAUAAAGAUUAGAAUAAAAAUAAAAACUAAUAAUCAUAGCUAUUAGACGAAUAAAAAUUAAAAAAAAAAAAAUACAUGCUUAAAUAAAAUAUACCUAAGUAAUUGGUAAAAUGGCAAAGACAUCCGAAAUAAUGAUGGAGGGAUACAAAAUACAGCCACUACACAUAAUAUCUAACAGUUCUCAAACUUAUCGGGCUUAGUCCUUUGAAAAUUCACACCGUUUAUAUCAUCAUACCUAAAUUUAAAACAAAUAAUUCUUGAAAUAAACUUAAUACCUAUAAUAUAAUACAUGUAAAAAUCACGCAUAAUUAAUAUAAACGUAUUUUUCAUCAUUGAUCAACUAAACAACUCUUUUCCGUCAAAAACAAUAUAAUUAUGUAUAGGAGGUACCUAUAUAUAACCGGCACUUUAUAUUAUAAUAUAAUACAAAUAAAUAUUUUUAUCACCCCCUCCGUCGCAAAAUAUAUGCGGAUGUCAAUGCCCAAGAUAUACGGUAGUAGGACUAUAUUGUAGGUACUACCUAGUACCUGCACAAGACGUAUAGAAUCCCGGAUACUAUAUAGUGUAUCGGUAUAUAUAAUUUUAGUAAGUCGAACAUAUUACAAAAAAUAUUUAAAAAAAAAUAGUUAUAAUUCAACAGCUAGAUAAUUAAAUAAAUAUAUUAUUUAGAUAACAUUUUGUGUAAUUGUACUUGUAACUAAUGAAGAUAAACAUUGUAAACCAUCUCUCGAAUCUUAAACUUUCACGUGACAAUAUUAAAAAAACAAAAAUAGUACCGAAAUACUGCCAUCGAGUAUAGACAAUUUAAAAAUCUGUACGAUCGAAGGUAUUUAGAAAAAUACUUGCAUUCAACUCAAACUGUUACAACUCAAUUACUCAAAUUGUACUAGACUACCGCGGCCAUUAUAAAAAAUAUGUAUUUCUUUUUAACAACGAAACAAACUAUUGAAUUUAAAAACAAUAAUAAAAUAAUUUUUUUUACCUUAUCAUUUUUAGAUGUGUGCCGUGUUAGGUACACGUUCUAAAUAAAUUUUAAAAUUUUCUUACGAAUUUCGAGUUGACACGGUAAAUCGUAGUAACACGUGUCUCGAAUUGCAUGUUAGUCUAUUGUUACAUGUUCACGGAACACUGUACCAUAAGGCUGGGCACCCUAUUUCUCUUCAAAAAUAAAUCGUUGAAAAUUUCAAGAACUCGUUAGUUUAAAAAAAAAAAACACUCACAUCAAUUAUCCCCGCGAGUGCCCGAAACAGGCCGUAGAUUUUCUAUAGUUGUAUACCGCAUCAUCGGACACGGGUCUUCCGCUGGCAUGUAGUUGGAGACGCGUGCUAAAUCUAUAUUUUCAAAAUAGAAUAUUAUAAUAUUAAAUAUAACUACGUAAUCUCAUAUUAUCAAAUUUCGAAUUAAAAUUCGUCUGUAUUCUGUAAAAUAUUAUACAAACGUUACCUGUGAACCAAUAUUUACGUUCAAAGUACCUUCCUAAAACUUUGAACAAGCUCACUAAUUAUACAACAAAGCUCUGAUUUUAAUUAAAUUUUGUUUUUAUUGUAUUUAAGUGAUCUACAGUGAUUUUUUUUUUUAUCAAGGUUUACGCAACAAUUUAUUAUUUUAUAUCUAAUUAUUAUUGAACAUUAACAUGGUUACCAUUUACCUAAAUAUUAUAUAAAUUACAAUAUUAUGUGGCCGUGGCGUUCGUUAAAAUAAUAACUAUUAUUAUAAUCAAUGUUAAUGUCACAAUUAUUAUCAUGUGCUUACAAAUUAUAUUUACUGGUGAAGUGUAAUGAUCUUCAACUAUAAUUAUUAAUAUAUAUGUGUAUGUGUUUGUUUGAAAACAUGAA